AUGUUCUUGGUUUCGUUCUCAUUUGAUUUCUUAGGACUUGCAGGAUGGGCAUUAGCUAUUCUAGGACAAUCUCCACGAAGAGAAUUCUCUGUUGUUGAUCUUGGAACACAACUUCCAGGUGCUACUAGAGAACCAAAUAGUUUUGCUGUUAGAAUAACUCAAAUAGUAUAUUUCAUGACAAUCAUUGUCUUACCAAUUCUUCAUAUGAUAUCAUUGUUUGUAUUAUGGUUUGCACCAUUACAACGACGAUUCCAAAGUUUCUUAUAUCAUUGUUGUGAAGUAUUAUAUGCAUGGUCAUGUAUUGAUGUUUUUGUAGUUUCAGUUAUUGCUGCUAUUGUUGAAUUAUCACAAUUUGCAUCAUUUAUGGUUGAGCCAUAUUGUGCAGCUAAAAUUCCACAACUUGGAGCUAGCAUUGAUGAUAUUGUAGCAGAAUUCUUUGGAGAAGAAGAACUUAUUAAUGGUCAUGAAACAUGUUUCGAAGUUAAAGCCAAUCUUGAAGGAGGAUGUUGGUUAUUAUUUGUAGCAGUUAUUAUUUAUACCGUUUGCUCAAUCGCAAUCAUGAAAAUUACAAAGAGAUGUCUUGCUAAAAGACUUCCAACUGAAGAAGAAAGAGCUGUAAUGAAUGGAACACAGAUAGAAAUGGCAGAAAAACAAGAAGAAGAUAAAGAGGAUAAAGAUAACACAAAUAAAACAGAAGAAAAGAAUGAAAGCGACGAUAAUGACUCAUCUUCUCCAGAAGAAAGUGAAGAAGAAAACACUUCUUCUGAGUCAAUGAAAAAUGAAGAAGCAAAUGAUGAAUAA